CCGUGUUUCCAACAUGUCCGGCCCGCCGGGUUGAGGGGAGUCUGUUCUCUGAGGCAUCCAUCACACCUGCGACCGAACCUGCUUUGUUAAACCUUCUAUUUGUGGCUAUUUGUCUGUAUUUGAACGUCGCAGAGCCGUCGGGCAGAGCCGUCAACCGCUGCUGCUCCAGAGGAUUAACAUGUGCUAACGGUGCUAAGCUCGCUCAUAGAAACACCGUCAGACACGGUGUGGACAGAUCUGUGCACUCUGGGAACGUUUGCAGACAUGCAGGUGACGGAGAUCCUCGUGUCUGCUCCAGGGAAGGCGAUCCUCCACGGGGAGCAUGCUGUUGUGCACGGAAAGGUGGCUCUUGCUGUGAGUUUGAACCUGAGGACAUAUUUAUGUUUGAAAGGCACCACCACUGGCAAUGUUUGCAUCAACCUCCCAAACAUCGACACGUUCCUCUGCUGGGAUCCAUCUGAGCUGAAGCAGCUGCUCCCUCCUCCCCGUGCAACAGGUGAGGGGGAGGAGGUGAAGCGUCUGGAUGCUGACCUUGUGAAGAGACUGCAUGAAUUUCUUGGCGUCACCAAUGGAAACCUGGAUACUUGCAACAUGGCCACCCUAGCCUUCCUCUACAUCUACCUCUCAUUAUUUGGUUCAGGGGAGCUGCCCAGCUUCACGCUGACCGUGUGGUCAGAGCUGCCCACCGGCGCCGGGCUGGGCUCCAGCGCCGCCUACGCCGUGUGCCUCAGUGCAGCGCUGCUCUGCGCCAGCGGAGACAUCCCCGCCGCCCUCAGAGAGGGGGAGCACGCCGCCAGGUGGUGUCAGGAGGACCUGGAGCGGAUCAACAGCUGGGCGUUCCGAGGGGAGAUGAUCAUCCACGGCAAUCCUUCUGGAGUGGACAACGCCGUGGGGACGUGGGGCGGCAUGCUGAGAUUCUUGGCCGGGAAGAUAAUACCACUGAGCAGGGUGCCGUUACUCAGGAUCCUCCUCACCAACACCAGAGUGCCGCGCAGCACCAAGCUGCUCGUUGCCCGGGUGACGGACAAGAUCAACAAGUUUCCCUCCAUCAUGAAGCCGGUGCUCGACUCCGUGGACGCCAUCGCCUGCGACUGUGAGAAGGUCCUCUCAGAGAUGACCUGCGAGCCCAUCACCGGAGAGCACUACAACACUCUGGAGGAGCUCAUCGACAUCAACCAGCAGCUCCUGAACGUGCUGGGCGUAGGCCACGCCUCCCUGGACACGCUGUGCCGCCUCACGCUGACCAGAGGGCUGCACAGCAAGCUGACCGGCGCCGGGGGCGGAGGCUGCGGCAUCACUCUCCUGAGACCAGAGACGGACUCCCGCGUUGUCCAGACCGUGAUGCAGGACCUGAGGGACUGCGGCUUCGACUGCUGGGAGACGAGCAUCGGCGGGCCGGGCGUCCAGCAGCACUCUGCGCUCUCUGUGAAGGAGGAAGCUCUGGAGGUCUUCAACUGUUACUGAGGCCGAAGCAGAGCACGCUUUGUCUGCUUCACCUCGAGACCUGAGAGCGCCGGGCGGAGCCGCAGAGCUUCACGAAUGUUCCCAACAAUCAAAACUAACAACGAGGCGACUGCGUCUCUAACAGGUGACUGUAUUCAUUCUGAGAUGUGGGGAAAUGAUUUCUCCUCUCGGCACAGUGAUAUGUGUUGAGUACUUUGUCCACUAGAUGGCAGCAGAGUUGCACAAAUGCUUUUUAUGAAACAUUUUAUGGUAAGAGGCUCUGAUAAAUUGAUUAAUAUAAAUGUGAAGCACUGGCAGAAUUAAUUUAUAUCCUCAUGACAUGUCCAACAAAGGAGCAGCAGAAGACUGUCGCUCAUCAACUGCUCAUCUCAUUGUUUUUGCUCCUUUAACAAAAUUCUAUGUUUAUUAUUCUGAUUUUAUUAUUCUACAAAGAGGUUCUUUAAAGUAUCUGUGUGUUGAUAUUUCUUUGCUUCAUAUUCAAUGUUGGUGAGACCAAGAAAUUAUGGAAAUAGCAUAAAUAUAUGUCCCGAUGAUGAGACGUUGAAUCCACAUUCAACCUAUUGUUUUAUUUGAUUUACCUUGAACAUAAAAGCAAAAACAACCUGAAACAAAAUACUUUUCCGUCCAUUUAUUUAACUUAUAUCUCUCUAAAAAUGUCAUGAAUUAUCAGUGUGUGGCCUCUCUGGAGCCUCUGGAUCACUGCCACUAAAAUGAAUCAACAACCAGCAUCCUUCUGUGAGUCACACAUUGUGCUGACACACACACACACCUACACACACACGCUCGCUCCAGCUUUCCCAAAUUCUCCAUCUAAUUGCUCAUCCUAAACAUUACAAAAUAUUCUGGAAAUGCCGCCGACGCAGAAGAAGGAUCUGUUUAGAAUAUCCCUGAUUUGGGGAAAAGGUCACGGUGGGAUUCAGUGGAGUUGGAGAUCCAUUUCAUUUUCUAUUUUUUAAAUGUCAUGAAGAUUGAGUCGUCUGGGUCUGGCAGUGUGUCCACACCGUUUGCCCCCCUCCUCUCCCCCCCUGUCCUCUUGGAUUGUGUCAUCUUGAUGUCAGGGCGGCCCCCCGUCAGUUGCCCCGAACCCCCUGCUGGAAUUUAAUUACCACUGCGCUUUUCAAUUGGAAUGGCAUUGAGGGGGGGGGGGGACGACAACAGAGCUUCAUUCGAAGCCCCUCUUUCUGUUCCGUCUCAUUCUCUCUCUCUCUUCCCUCUCUCUCUCUCUCCUUUUACCCCUGCAAGGCACAGAUGGUAUUUUUUGUUAUCAAUGUCAGCGCCUGCUUCUUUCUGCUCUGAUGAAUAGAAUCUAAAGAGGCCCUGAGAUUAUUUCAGAUAACAGAGGGAGUGAGCAAAGAGGUCAAGAUAGAGGGAGCGUGUCAGAAGGAGAGAGAUGCUGUCCGGAUGGAUCAAUGUGGCGGGAUCGGGGAUGGAUAAUUCAUUUGAAUGACAUGUUGAAUGUGAAUGUCUGAGUGGUGGUGCUCAGCGUGGUCCUCUGGCCCCCCAGUGGACCGGGGGAUGUCAGGAACCAUGAAGGUUGAACACAUAAUGAGACGCUGCUGUUUCACUGGUUCCACUAGCAGGAUUCAGAAUGACUUCCUCCAGUGAGUUUAACACACAGAGGCCUCUGGACCGCAGGGUGGGGUCUGUUCUCGGGUUGAAAAAUGACGGAUAUGUAUAUAUACGUAUAUAUAUAUAUGUAUAUAUACAUAUAUGUGUAUAUAUAAUAUAUAUUAUAUGUAAAUAUACAUAUAUGUAUACAUAUAUAUAUACAUAUGUGUGUGUAUAUGCAUAUAUAUAUUAAUUAAAAGACUACAUAGACAUAACACCUUGAGGACGAUGAAACAGUGAAAACAACAUCAUAAAGUCAGAGUAUUGAGAAAAAUAAAAAAGCGCUAAAGAAAGAAAUGUGUGAGCUUUUUUAAAAUUAUUAAUUUUUUUAUUUAAAGAAUCAAAACACAUGGAUGAAGGCAGAUGUAUGUGUUUGAGUGUAUGCAUGUACGUGGAAUUGAAUUGGUUUCCAGGCAAGGGAAACAAAUAAAACAAUAAAAUGAAUUAAGAUGAACUAAUCAAUAAGACAAGUGUGUCAUGUUUAAACAGAGUGAUGACCAGAUGUCGUGUGUUCUGCUGUAAAUGAUAGACGACGUGAGUUUUUCCAUUUAAAUAUAUUCUGACAUUACAUUUUCCCCGUGUGAUGUGUGUGUUAUUCCUUGACCUGUGUGUUAUUCCCUGACCUGUGUGUGAUGUGUGUGUUAUUCCUUGACCUGUGUGAUGUGUGUUAUUCCCUGACAUGUGUGUGUUAUUCCUUGACCUGUGUGUUAUUCCUUGACGUGUGUGUGUUAUUCCUUGACCUGUGUGUGUUAUUCCUUGACCUGUGUGUGUUAUUCCUUGACGUGUGUGUUAUUCCUUGACGUGUGUGUUAUUCCUUGACCUGUGUGUGAUGUGUGUGUUAUUCCUUGACCUGUGUGUGUGUUAUUCCUUGACCUAUGUGUGUGUUAUUCCUUGACGUGUGUGUUAUUCCUUGACCUGUGUGUUAUUCCUUGACCUGUGUGUACAUUAAUGUAUGUCAGGGAUGUGCAGUUGGCCGCAGCGGGGAAGACGAGUGUCCGUCGUGCAGCUUUUGUAUCGCUGAGCAGCAUCAGCACCACGAGCUCCUCGGGGAUGGCGGGCGGAUGGUCCUCCUGGGGGGGGUUGCCCUUUCGGUGUCCGACGGUUCCUCCAAACCUCAAACAACCGCCCUUCAAAACCCGGGACAACCCUCCUGCUCCCUCAGGAGGACAGCGGUCACGUGAGGGGGAGUAUUGUGACGUCUGAAACAUGAAGCCGAGCGACGCCCGGUCCACGGCCCGCUCCCCAUGAUGGCAUUGACCGGAUCAUGUGACCGGAUCAUGUGACCGGAUCAUGUGACCGGAUCGAUCCUGUCAUCGAUCCCGUGAAGACGAGGGCACCCGCAACCCGCCGCCGCCCCUCAGGGCUCUGGUGUAGUUUCCGUCUCCUGCCGCCUGUGAAGCGCCUCUGUGGUUCUGAAGCCACGCCUCCUCCUCGCUCCGUGUCCGGUCUGGUCUUGGGUUUUUGUCUCUUAACUUCCUGUUUUAUUUUGAAGCCUAACUCCUCCUCUCGUUUCAGGUCACUUGCUCUUCCUCACGUGUCACCGGUGUGAUGGUCUCCCCUGACCCCUGACCCCUGAUGGUCCCCCCUGACCCCUGAUGGUCUCCCCUGACCCCUGAUGGUCUCACCUGUUCCCUGUGACCCUCAUGUGCUCAUAGUCUCGUCUCCCCUUUGGUCCAAAGUGUUUGGUCCUCGUCUCAGCCCUUUGCCACCGCCAGAGUCUCUUCUUCCAAGAGUUUUACCAAACCCUAGGACCUGCAUUCCACAGAGUGGGCUCAUACGUUCUAUCCUCUGCAUCGGAGUCCUCGUGGUCGUCCGGGCCUGACGCUCCGGCUCCUCCUCCUCGGCGUUGAAGUUGCCCAGAACGUAACGUUCUGAGUUCUGUGUGCGUUCCCCGAAGCCUCCGAUGUAUUCACGUUGACUCCGGAGGUAACAACAGGGGUCUGUGUUUUACUCUGGGGAGCAGAGCGGCCGGGUGGCACCAGGUUGAACGUGAGGUCGCCCUCAUCCGACUGCGAAGGUCACACCAAGGUCAUCACUCUGCCGUUUGGAUUGUUUUUGUUAAAACCGUCGCAGAAAAGAGGUCACUCCAGUUUUGCAUUAUUUUUCUGUAAAAAAGAGAAAGUUUAACAGCAAAUCAUUUAUAUGUAUUUUUGUAUUAUGGAUGUAUGGCUCCUGGUAAAUAAAUGCAUUCCACUUUGA